UGGAGUCACUAGUUUAGAUUGAAAAGAAAGUUACCAUUAGGUUGCCAUUGGUUACAAUAGAGCGUAUGGAUAUCUUUCUGAGCCUGUCUUCUCGUCUCGUCUUUAAGGUAGCUGAUGCUGAAGAACGUGGGGGCUGCUUAUAGCGGGCAGGGGGCGGAGCUACAAGGCGCACGAGCACUGCCUACCGAAUCGCGAGAGACACAAAGAGAGAGAGAGAGAAAGAGAGAGAGAACUUGAGGCUAGUUGAUGCUCGGGCCGGUUGGAGGGAGGCGAAUAAAACUCGCACGAGGACCUGUUCUCGUCACAUCUCCGUUAGUGUGAAACGUGCAUCAUAUCGCGCAUCAGAUAGGCUAAUCAAGCAUCUUUCAUAUAUAUAUGUAUAUAUAUAAAACAACAACAACAACAACAACGACGUCAUAGUAAAAUAUAGUUAUCAGACCGCGCAAACGGAGUCUCUUCGCCUCUGCGCCUUUGUUCACUUGUCUCCUGCUCGCGCGCAGCGUCGUCUCCUGCACUGUCCUCCGAGAGGACACUUUUUUUCCUCUCUUAUCAAUGUCAAGCAUCCGGUCAGCGUAAGCUUUUUUUUUCUUUUUUUUUUUUUCCCGCGUCCAUCCCGAAACGCCGGAGGAGGAGGAGGAGGAGGAAGGGGGUGUCUGUGCAGGAUUGGUUUAAACGCAAAGGGAAGACAUGGGGACGCGGUGCAUGCCAUGGAUUCUGACUUACACGCCGCGUGCACAGUCCACGCGCAUCAGCACCGUGGUCGCAGCUUGAGCGCGUGCUCCGUUUUCCUUUUCCCCCACACGUCCGGGAUGGUGGUGUCAGUGCUGUGAGUGACGGGGAGCCGCACACACCGGAUCGAGACGAACCGGACAAAACACUUGCACACAGAGAGAGAGAGAGAGAGAGAGGGAGAAAGAGAGAGAGAGACGGGUCGAAGGGAGACGUAUUGAUAAGAAGGGAUUAUGGCGCUCGCCGCGCUCGCGCUUUUUCUGCUCGCGCUCACCUGUGCGAACUUUUACCUGGCGCGCGCGAGCCGGCACGCGGUGCACUGGAACAGCUCCAAUAUCCAUCUGCGGAGGGAGGGCUACACGCUGAAGGUGAACGUCAAUGAUUACCUGGACAUCUACUGUCCUCACUACAACGUGAGCCAGCGAGGCGUGGCUGAGCAGUACGUGCUCUACAUGGUGAGCUACCGCGGCUACCGCACGUGCGACCCUCAGCUCGGCUUCAAGCGCUGGGAGUGCAACCGGCCGCACGCACCGCACGCGCCCAUCAAAUUCUCCGAGAAGUUUCAGCGCUACAGCGCCUUCUCGCUCGGCUACGAAUUCCACGUGGGCCACGAGUAUUACUACAUCUCCACGCCCACUCAUCACCAUGGCCGCAGCUGCCUGAGACUGAGAGUCUACGUCUGCUGCUCAACAGGUACUGCUCUACCAGCAGCUGAUGCAGAUGAUGAAGCACAGCCUACAGAGCCAGACUAUACUCUAAGACCUAACAUGAAAAUCGAUGACCUCGACGACUAUGACAACCAUGAGGUCCCGAAACUGGAGAAGAGCAUCAGUGGCAGCAGUCCAUCCAGGGACCGUCUCCUCCUCACGGUGGCCGCGCUCUUCCUCAUCGCACUCUCCAUCUCCUAGCACUCGCCUGCAGGAAGUCGUCAUGCCACUGAGGCCUAGAGGACUGCAGGAAGAAGGAAGGACAAAACAGUUUUAAAAAAAAAGGAGAGGAGAGGAACAGCAGGAAUAGGACUAGUGGGAUACCAAGGCCUUCUUCUGUUCAACAGUGAAACAUGAACCUGGACUUUAUAAUAACGACUUUACCAAUCAGCUCGAGCCAUACCGUCAGUGUACGAGUGUAUGUGUUAUGUUGUGUGCGUGUGUGUGUGUGUGUGUGUGUGUGUGUGUGUGUGUGUGUGUGUGUGUGUGUGUGUGAGAAACUGAAUGAGUAUUCACACACAUGCUGUUUGCAAAUCAUUCAAGCGAAAACCUCCACUCAGUCUAAUUAGUUAUUUUAUCAACUAAUGAAUGGCCACUUAGCGAUUAAGUUGAAUCGAUGUUCAAGAUGAACGAUGCGUUAACAUUCAAGUCAUUGUGCAUCAUUAGUGGCAGAAAUUUUUUUAAUGUCAAAUAAGGCUGAGGUAAAUGACACGGGGACAUUUUACUCAGCACCUAAAGAGCUUCAUUUUCAAUUCAGUUCAGCAUUUCUGUCUCUCUCUCUCUCUCUCUCUCUCUCUCUCUCUCUCUCUCUCUCUCGCUCUAGCCUCAGUAAACCUGGAUUAUCAGGUUUACAAACACAUCAGAAACAAGAUUGCCUAAUGCCCUCCUCAUGUUUUGAUGAUGGAUUUAAACAGACUUACAGAACUGCCAUCAGCAGAAAUCUCGGUGUAGCUGUCAGGAUAGAAAGGUAGCUUAAGUUUUUCCAAAAUGUCAAUUUCUCUCAAAUUUUUACCAUUUUCUGAUUGUCCGGAUGAAUUUUUAGCACGAACAGCAUAGCGCAAUUCAUAUUCAUAUAUAUAUAUUGGAUUGGCACCCUGUCCAGGGUGUACCCCACCUUGUGCCCAAUGCAUCCUGGGAUAGGCUCCAGGUUUCCCCGUAACCCUGAAGAAGGAUAAGCAGUUUAGAAGAUGGAUGGAUGUAUGU